AAGAACGCGGCCCUCUGUAAUGGCGGAGCGUGGCGGGGACGGGGGGGACGGUGAGCGAUUCAACCCGGGGGAGCUCAGGAUGGCUCAACAGCAGGCCUUGAGGUUCCGAGGCCCAGCUCCCCCACCAAAUGCAGUGAUGCGAGGCCCACCACCUCUCAUGCGACCUCCUCCACCUUUUGGUAUGAUGCGAGGCCCUCCUCCACCACCUCGGCCCCCAUUUGGACGUCCUCCUUUUGAUCCUAAUAUGCCACCAAUGCCUCCCCCAGGAGGGAUUCCUCCACCUAUGGGCCCUCCACACCUCCAGAGACCACCUUUCAUGCCUCCACCCAUGGGAACCAUGCCUCCUCCACCGGGUAUGAUGUUUCCACCAGGAAUGCCUCCUGUGACUGCUCCUGGUACUCCAGCGCUGCCUCCUACUGAGGAGAUAUGGGUUGAAAAUAAAACUCCAGAUGGGAAGGUUUAUUAUUACAAUGCUCGGACACGUGAAUCUGCAUGGACCAAGCCAGAUGGAGUUAAGGUCAUUCAGCAGUCAGAACUGACACCUAUGCUUGCAGCCCAGGCCCAGGUUCAGGCCCAGGCCCAGGCCCAGGCCCAGGCGCAGGCACAGGCACAGGCACAGGCACAGGCACAAGCUCAAGCUCAAGCUCAAGCUCAAGCUCAAGCGCAGGCCCAGGCACAAGCGCAGGCGCAGGCACAGGCACAGGCUCAGGCUCAGGCUCAGGCUCAGGCCCAGGCCCAGGCCCAGGCCCAGGCCCAGGUGCAGGCGCAAGUGCAAGCACAAGCAGUGGGAGCUUCCACCCCUACGACCAGUAGCCCAGCACCUGCGGUAUCCACUUCAACGUCAUCAUCAACCCCAUCCUCUACCACUUCUACCACAACAACUGCCUCUUCAGUUUCGCAGACAGUAUCAAAGUUUCCAGUUUUUCUAAUUGAGGAGGCAAGAAUAAUGCAUGUGAAACAAUUAGAGAAUAGCGUGCAAAGUUAUGCAGCGAAAAUAGAAGAUAUAAGAAUUCAAGAAAACGGAGAGACAACACCCACAACACAAGAUCAGACCCCAAGUUCUGCUGUUUCAGUUGCCACGCCUACAGUUAGUGUUUCAACUCCUGCUCCUACAGCCACACCUGUGCAAACUGUUCCUCAGCCACACCCCCAGGCGUUACCUCCUGCUGUUCCUCAUUCAGUACCUCAGCCAGCAGCAGCAAUACCUGCUUUUCCACCAGUAAUGGUACCUCCAUUUCGUGUUCCCCUUCCUGGCAUGCCAAUUCCACUUCCAGGUGUAGCAAUGAUGCAAAUAGUCAGCUGCCCGUAUGUAAAGACAGUCGCUACCACCAAGACCGGUGUAUUGCCAGGAAUGGCCCCUCCUAUUGUACCCAUGAUACACCCCCAGGUUGCUAUUGCAGCUUCACCUGCUACCUUAGCUGGAGCAACAGCAGUUUCUGAGUGGACUGAAUAUAAAACAGCAGAUGGGAAGACAUAUUAUUAUAAUAAUAGAACAUUAGAAUCAACCUGGGAAAAACCCCAAGAGCUAAAGGAAAAAGAAAAAUUAGAGGAGAAGAUUAAAGAGCCAAUUAAAGAACCUUCUGAAGAACCUCUGCCAAUGGAAACGGAGGAGGAGGAUCCUAAAGAAGAGCCAAUAAAGGAGAUAAAAGAGGAGCCCAAAGAAGAGGAGAUGACUGAGGAAGAAAAGGCUGCCCAGAAGGCAAAACCAGUGGCUACUACUCCUAUUCCUGGUACUCCAUGGUGUGUUGUUUGGACUGGUGAUGAGAGGGUCUUCUUUUAUAAUCCUACCACCCGUCUUUCUAUGUGGGACCGACCUGAUGAUCUGAUUGGAAGGGCGGAUGUUGACAAAAUUAUUCAGGAGCCCCCUCAUAAAAAAGGAAUGGAAGAAGUGAAGAAACUAAGGCACCCAACCCCGACAAUGCUAUCCAUCCAAAAGUGGCAGUUCUCUAUGAGCGCAAUUAAAGAAGAACAAGAAUUAAUGGAAGAAAUGAAUGAAGAUGAACCUGUUAAAGCCAAAAAACGCAAGAGAGACGAUAAUAAAGACAUUGAUUCAGAGAAAGAAGCUGCCAUGGAAGCUGAAAUUAAAGCUGCCCGAGAAAGGGCCAUUGUCCCUCUGGAGGCCCGAAUGAAGCAGUUCAAGGACAUGCUGCUAGAGAGAGGGGUGUCUGCUUUUUCAACAUGGGAGAAGGAGUUACACAAGAUAGUUUUUGAUCCUCGGUACUUAUUGCUUAAUCCAAAAGAGAGAAAACAGGUAUUUGAUCAGUAUGUAAAGACCAGGGCAGAGGAAGAACGCAGGGAAAAGAAAAACAAAAUAAUGCAAGCCAAGGAAGAUUUCAAAAAAAUGAUGGAAGAAGCAAAAUUUAAUCCAAGAGCUACUUUUAGUGAAUUUGCAGCCAAGCAUGCUAAAGAUUCAAGAUUCAAAGCAAUUGAAAAGAUGAAAGAUCGAGAAGCCUUGUUUAAUGAAUUUGUGGCAGCUGCAAGGAAAAAAGAGAAAGAAGAUUCGAAGACCAGAGGUGAGAAGAUAAAAUCAGAUUUCUUUGAACUAUUAUCUAAUCAUCACUUGGACAGUCAGUCUCGAUGGAGCAAAGUAAAAGACAAAGUAGAAAGUGAUCCACGUUACAAAGCAGUGGAUAGUUCAUCAAUGAGAGAAGACCUUUUCAAACAGUACAUUGAAAAAAUAGCCAAGAAUUUAGACUCAGAAAAAGAAAAGGAGCUUGAAAGGCAAGCCCGCAUUGAGGCAAGCCUCCGAGAAAGAGAAAGAGAGGUGCAGAAGGCUCGUUCAGAACAAACAAAAGAAAUAGAUCGAGAGAGAGAACAGCACAAACGAGAAGAAGCUAUCCAGAAUUUCAAGGCUCUUCUGUCUGAUAUGGUACGUUCUUCAGAUGUGUCCUGGUCUGAUACUCGGAGGACUCUUCGGAAAGAUCACCGCUGGGAAUCUGGAUCCUUGUUGGAAAGAGAGGAGAAAGAGAAGCUUUUUAAUGAACACAUUGAAGCACUUACCAAAAAGAAGAGGGAGCACUUUAGGCAACUUUUGGAUGAAACUUCUGCAAUUACCUUAACAUCCACGUGGAAAGAAGUAAAAAAAAUCAUUAAGGAAGAUCCUCGGUGCAUUAAGUUCUCCUCCAGUGACAGGAAAAAACAAAGAGAGUUUGAAGAAUACAUCAGAGACAAAUACAUCACAGCCAAAGCUGACUUCAGGACGCUUUUGAAAGAGACCAAAUUUAUAACAUAUAGAUCCAAAAAGCUAAUCCAGGAAUCUGAUCAGCACCUGAAAGAUGUAGAAAAAAUUUUGCAGAAUGACAAACGGUAUCUAGUACUAGACUGUGUGCCAGAGGAGAGGCGCAAACUGAUUGUGGCAUAUGUGGAUGACCUGGAUCGCCGGGGUCCACCCCCACCUCCCACAGCAUCAGAGCCCACAAGACGAUCAACAAAAUAAUUCUGAAUACUCUUCCACAGGGGUGUCUGUUAAUUCAAAACGCUUGCAUGAGCCAAUUUUCAGGUUUUUACAUGUAUGUGCAUUAGUCAAACUAUUGCAAAACCAUCUGAUGAACAGAAGGAGAAGCAUCCGUGAACAGUUUCUGAACAGAGAACACUUUGGAAAUAUUUAUGCUUUUCUUUGUGUGGCAUGACUGACUUGCAUCCUCAAAUAUAGGCUGUCUCUAGUAAAUCUAAAAUCUUGAAGCUAAAAAAUUAUCCUUCUAUGAGGUGUGGAAGUCAGUGACUUUUGGUGACGUUCUUUCUAGCAGUGUUAUAAUACAUGCAAGACGUAAGAGCAUUUGUGGUUUGAACUUGCAAGAUGCAGAUACCACAGACUCCAAAAAAACCUAAGUUGGGGUUUGUUUUGUUUUGAUUUUGUUUUUUAAAGCGGGUAAAAGACAAAACACUGAAAAUUGAAUUCUUAUCUUCCAGAGGCUAAGAUUAUUAUAAUGGACAUACUUUUACCUUUGUCUCUAAAGAACACUUUAGUUUUAUUUGUUCACUUAUGUGCUUUGAUUAUCCCCUUUGAAUUAUAGGCCAAGUCUUGUUGUUUAGCCUAAGAGAAGAUUUAUUUAGUAAUUUCUUCUCAGGUAUGGAACCACGGUCAUAACUAACAUGUUGACCAGACUAGGACUGCUGGUUAAAAACAUUUUAUUCACCAUUAAGUGAUCUUUAUCAAUAUUCUGGAUUAGACAACAAAUUACCUUUCUUGGGUGUUCCCUGUAAACUGUACUCCUAUUUGAAUGUUAAAUUUUUGUUUCUAAAGUUUAAUUUUAAGAUGUUUGAAUGUUCAGUUUAUGUAUUUGAACUACAAUAAACCAACCCUUUUUAUAUA